AUGUCUAAAAAUCUGGUUCUUCCACAACAACCAUUAAUGAAGAGCAGGAAAGGAAAGAAUAAAGCUACUGGCUCAUAUCCACUUUUCAACUUGAACCUUGUGGCAGAAAGUCCCGUCUCUGUUGAGAACAUUCAGGUUGUUCCCGAACAAGAUACUAUUCAGGAUCAGCUUAAGAGACAAUCCUACAUCAUGAAGCGGCUGGAUGACUAUGAAGCUUGUCUAUUGGAGAUCAAAACCAUGCUGGUAACUCAGCAACAUGCUGAGGUUUUGGAGCUAAAUGGGAAUGCUGCUAGAGACAAUAAGAAGUCUCGCAUGAUUCCAAGGCAUGUUCUUUUGGUUGUCGAAAAUGAUGAGGAGCUUGAGAAAUUGCUAGCUCGUGUGACAAUUUCUAAUGGUGGUGUUUUACCAAACAUAAACUCUAUUCUCUUGCAUAAGAAGUCUGAGGAAGCUUCAAAAUCGCCAAAAAAGGAUUGA